ACUCCACUUUGUCUCUGUACUGAAGUUUAGCCUGUUUUAUUGCCUUGCGGAGGGCAUAACUGGACUGUUUGUAUUCAAUCAUACUGUAUUAAUAUAAUUGGAAAAAUUGCUUUUAUGUGUUUUUUUAUUAUUAAAAAACAUAUACUUUAUUUGAAAGAGCUAUUUUCCAGUAGAAAAGCAAUAUUCCAAUUAUAUUAAUACAGUCCUAUAGAGACACACAAGAGGAUGACAUUUGUGCCAUCUAAUGUGGAGACCUGUCUAUUGACCUGCCUACUGAAAUGUUCUUGUUGGUAAAUUACGUGAUAAAUGAGGUGCUUAGAGAAGGCUUUGAAGACUUUAUUUCAAUAUCCCCACACUUGAGUCCACACUGUGCCUUUAAGAGAGAGAUUUAUAUUGCAAUGAGGGAGAAAUGUAUGAAGACUUCUAAGUGAAAAUGAAAGUGUCGAGCUCCCUGUUUCUUGUAAACGCCACCGUUACAAAUAAUUCACCUGUGCAGAUGAACAGCCAGACCGUUUGGUAUAGUCUGCUUUCCAUUCACUGGGUGAGCGACUACACUUCACUGUUCUCCACAAAUCAAGAAUUAAGAUAUGGCGUCUCUCAGCAUGACAAAAGACCAGUUGCGCUGUUCCAUCUGCCUGGAUAUCUUCGUCCACCCUGUCUCCACUCCGUGUGGACACAACUUCUGCAAAUCUUGUAUCUCUGACUACUGGGAUAUCAGGGAAGCCAUCUGCCCUCUAUGUAAGGAGACGUUCAAGAAACGUCCCGACCUCCACGUCAACACGUUCAUUAACGAGAUAAUCAACCAGUUCAAAUCGGCACAGGAGGACAUUUUUCCACACACCAUUUUGCCAUUGAGAGAGCCAGAACAGGGGGACACUACAGAUGGAGGAGUGAACAGGAAGAUCCAGGCCAGACUGAAGAAGGUGGAGGAGAUCAAAAACUCAGUGGAGAUCAGCAGAGCUAGUUCACAGAAAGACAUAGAGGAAAAUGAGCAGGCCUUCACUGUGCUGUUGCGCUCCAUUGAGAGGAGCCAGGCUGACGUCGUCGGUGAGAUCCAGGAGAAACAGAGAGCUGUGGAGAAACAAGCUGAUUGGCUCAUCAAGGAGCUGGAACAGGAAGUAGCAGAUUUAGAGAGUGGAAAUAAUAAACAAGGGGAACUCCGUUCCACCCCACAACAGAUCUGUUCUGAGAUCAGUGCUAGCGGUGGUGGAAAAAACAUCUGGGAAAUUGUGUCCCAACUGGAGGAUACCUUCAGAGAGGAGAUGAAGAAAGUCAUGGAUAAAGGGUUGAAAUUGCUGAAGACUAAUGCAGUGAACGUGAUUCUGGACCCCGACACAGCUCAUCCUUUCCUGGUUCUGUCUGAGGAUGGGAAACAGGCCAGACACGUCAACGAUUGGAGGAUCCUGCCUUUCAACCCCAAGAGGUUCAAUACCAGUAUCGGCGUCCUUGGGAGGACAGGGUUCUCCUCCAGGAGAUUCUACUUCGAGGUGCAGGUCUCUGGGAAGACUGACUGGGGCCUAGGAGUGGCCAGGGAGUCCAUCGACAGGAAGGGGAAGGCACUCCCGACCCCUGCGAUUGGCUACUGGACCUUGUGGCUGACCAAUAGGUAUGAGUACAAGGCUGCAGAUGAUUCUGGCUCCACCCUCCUCUCCCUGAGAGAGAAGCCCCAGAAGGUGGGGGUGUUUGUGGAUCACAAGGAAGGGUUGGUGUCUUUUUACGACUCGGAAGCCAAGGCUCAUAUCUAUUCCUUCACUGGGUGCACCUUCAAUGAGAAACUUUUCCCUUUCCUGAGCUCUAGUGUCAAUGACAAUGAUAAAAACUCUGCCCCAUUUGUCAUUCUGCCUGUCAGUCAUAGAGGCUGACAGGCCGAUUGGUUAAAAAUCUAGAUGGAAUGGGCCACAUAUAAUUUGAUUGAUUCUGGUCUGUUGAGAACUGUAGUUCUUGAUGAUAGUACUGAUUAUUUGUCCAAUAAUCAAUCUGCCUAUGUGUUGAACUUGGUGUAAACUGUCUGUGAUUUAUAUAAUAUGACUAACAUGACGAAUAACAUUUCAAUAACAUGACGAAUAACAUUUCAAUAACAUGACGAAUAACAUUUCAAUAACAUGAUAAUAAGAUGACAAUAACAUGAAGAAUGUUGAUUUAGUUGAUAUAGUAUGUUCAAAAAUGUAUUAGAUGAGUGAUUACAGCUAUUACAGUGUAUUUUAAAUCACAAAUAGCAUGAAUUAAUUGGUAUUAGUUUGUUAUAAGCCUAGUGAAGGAUGCAUUGUUAUCCUUGUUAAGAGUUGGACAAAAAUCGAACAAUAAAGCUUUCUGUGCCGGA